GACGAGUACCGCAGUGUCGCGGACAAGAGCGACAAGUCGGCGUCCCUCUCAGUGCGUGUCCACGACGCUCGGAGAUGCUCGCGAACGGAUUCGCGCGCGCGUGCCUCCUCGCGGCGAUAAUAGCCGCCUCGAGCGGGCAGCUCGAGCGCGCCGACGAUGGCUUCGAGGCAGCCUUGGGCCACUUGCGCCCGAGCGCCUCGCCGGGCGCGCAGACCGACGCGGCGAGCAGCUUGAUCGCGAGGCUCUUGGGGAGAGACGCGUCGCGCUUCCGCGCGCUCGUCGAUCCGAGCACGAAGCCCGUGGGCAAGGACAUUUUCAAGCUGAAGGCGAUCGGCCCCAACGAGAUCAAGAUCACCGGCUCGUCGGGCGUAGCGGUCGCGUGGGGUCUGCAUUACUAUCUCAAGCACUAUUGCGACUGCCACGUGUCCUGGGAGGGCUCGCAACUGAAACUGCCGACGCGAUUGCCCGACGUCGACGAAACUGUCGUUUCCAACGAUCGUUUCAGGUACUAUCAGAACGUUUGCACAGCUGGCUACAGCUCGACCUGGUGGAACUGGGAACAAUGGGAGAAGAACAUCGACUGGAUGGCCUUGAAUGGCAUCAACUUGGCAUUGGCGUUUCUCGCGCAGGAAGCCGUCUGGCUGAAGGUUUAUCUGAAGCUUGGCCUCAGCAAAAUGGAAAUCGAUCAGCACUUUGCCGGACCGGCAUUUUUGCCAUGGUCGAGAAUGGGAAACAUUCGUGGGUGGGGUGGUCCGCUGUCCGAGUCCUGGCACGGCUUUACGAUCCAGCUGCAGCGUCGGAUCUUACAGCGUAUGCGAGAACUUGGCAUAGUGCCCGUGCUACCGGCUUUCGCCGGACACGUGCCACGGGAUUUCGCACGAGUUUUCCCGAACGCCAGCGUGAGCAAAGUCAUGCGAUGGAACAAUUUCGAUGAUAAAUAUUGCUGUCCGUACAUGCUGGAUCCUACCGACCCCUUGUUUCAGACCGUUGGCGAAGAAUUUUUGAAAACGUACAUCGAACAGUUCGGCACCAACAACAUUUACAACUGCGAUUCGUUCAACGAGGUAGAUCCGAGGAGCAGCGAUCCGGAAUACAUAAGGCAGACCGGCAUGGCGAUAUUUUCGUCGAUGCGCAAAGCCGAUCCCGAUGCCAUUUGGAUGAUGCAAGGAUGGUUAUUCGCUCACGCUGCUGACUUUUGGAAGAAGGAACUUGUGAAAGCUUUGGUGACGUCUGUGCCUAUUGGAAAAAUGAUAAUAUUGGAUCUCCACUCGGAAAAGCAGCCUCAAUAUCACAAAUUCGACUCUUAUUACGGUCAGCCAUUCAUCUGGUGUAUGCUACACAAUUUCGGUGGCACGCUCGGAAUGUUCGGAUCCGCAGAUAUUAUCAAUGAAAGGGUUUUCGAAGGAAGGCAGAUGAACGGAAGUACUAUGAUUGGCACAGGACUCACUCCGGAAGGGAUCAACCAGAAUUACGUCAUUUAUGACUUGAUGAAUGAAAUGAGUUACAGGAAGAAACCAACCGAUCUCGAUAAUUGGUUCGCUAAGUACGCAGAUCGAAGAUAUGGGGUUGUUGACGACACUGUAAGAACGGCGUGGACAAAUUUGGGCAAGUCCAUUUACAACUACAAAGACCCUCGUAAUAUCAGAGGCCAUUACGUCAUCACGAUGCGUCCAAAGAUCAUCAUCCCAAUAUGGUACUGGUACGAACUGAAGACCUUCUUUGACGUGUGGACGGACUUCAACAAAGCGAGCAAUGCGACGACAACCAGCGAAUUGUUUAAGCACGAUCUCGUUGAUGUUUCGAGGCAAGCUUUGCAAGUCUCGGCUGAUUUUAUUUAUCGCGACAUCAAAGAGGCGUACUUAUCGGGCAACAUUACCAAACUUCGGUCCGCGAGCUCUCUUCUGCUAGAGCUUUUCGACGACCUCGAGAAAAUUUUAGCCAGCAGUAGAGAUUUCCUCUUGGGCACGUGGCUGGAAUCGGCCAAAUCCGCAGCACCGAGCAGCAGCAAAAUCGAGCGCGAAAAUUUCGAAUUCAACGCGCGCAAUCAGAUCACGCUCUGGGGUCCGAGCGGCGAAAUAGUCGAUUACGCUAACAAGCAAUGGUCGGGCGUCAUGAGAGACUAUUUCAAAGCCAGGUGGGCGAUAUUUUUAACGGCGUUGGAAAACUCAUUGCAAAGACACGUGGCGUUCAGCGGACGCAAAGUCAAGCAACGAAUUUUCAACAAGGUGGAAUUGCCCUUCAGUUACUCAAGGAAAGCUUAUCCGACGACACCGACAGGUGACAGUAUACUGAUUGCUGCUAAACUGUACAACAAGUGGCUGAAACUAUGGAAAUGAUCAGUCAUCAUAUGUGUAUAUAUAUCAUCCGCGCUCGUGUAUGAUGGAAGUAAACAAAUAUAUAUAUAUAUAUUUAUAUAUAUAUUUUAUGUGUGUAUAUAUAUGUGUAUGUAUAUAUAUACAUGUACCUACACGUGUGUUUUUUUAUUAUUGAUUGAGUGAUAUAUAUAAAUAUAA